ACACGUUUACCUUAUAUUAGCAACAACCAUGUCCUUGAAGAUCACCAACAAACAACAAGUAACUGAAUUACUUGACCAGUACGACUACUUCAUUUUUGACUGUGAUGGUGUCUUGUGGUUGGGAGACCACUUGCUCCCACACAUCCCAGAAACUUUGCAAAUGUUGAAAGAUAAAGGCAAGACUGUGAUUUUCGUUACCAACAACUCCACCAAGUCUCGUAAUGACUACUUGCACAAGUUUGAAAAGUUGGGCAUAUCAGGAAUCACCAAGGAUGAAGUCUUUGGUUCAUCAUAUGCUUCUGCUGUUUACAUCGACAAGAUCUUACAGUUGCCCAAGGAUAAGAAAGUUUGGGUUUUAGGUGAAGCUGGUAUCGAGCAAGAAUUGCACGAGUUAGGAUACAAGACUGUUGGUGGUACUGACCCAAAAUUAGUUGAAGAUGGGGUCAAGUUCAAGCCAGACCACCCAUUGAUUGACAAAUUAGACCCAGAGGUGGGUGCAGUAUUGUGUGGAUUGACAUUCAAUGUCAACUACUUGAAGUUGUCAAUCACGUUACAAUACUUGUUACAAGAAAACAAAUCGUUGCCAUUCAUUGCCACCAAUAUCGACUCUACCUUCCCAGUCAAGGGUAAGUUAUUGAUUGGUGCUGGGUCAAUUAUUGAAACUGUGGCAUUUGCCAGUGGCCGUCAACCAGAUGCCAUCUGUGGUAAGCCAAACCAGGCCAUGAUGAAUGCAAUCAAGGCUGAUAACCCGGGAUUACAAGCCAACCCUAAGAAGGGUCUUAUGGUUGGUGACAGAUUAAACACCGAUAUGAAGUUCGGUAGAGAUGGUGGCUUGGAUACUUUGUUGGUGUUGACUGGUAUUGAAACCGAAGAAAAUGUUUUGGCAUUAGCUCAGGAUGUUGCGCCAACAUAUUAUGCUAAUAAAUUGGGGGAUUUAUACGAAUUUUAGACUUGUAUAGAAUUAGAUAAUUAUAGAUAAUACUUCGUACAGCUACCAAAUGGGUCGUUUAACAACCGUGUCGGGAUCUGGGACAACAAACGGUCACCAUGUAGUAACUGAGUAAAUAGAGUUAACGUUUUU